AUGGUAACGAGACACAUCCUGGGAAAUUUCCCACAUAGUCAGCACCGUCCGAUAUUGCUAAACUACGGACUACAGAUCCCAUUGAUACGAUCCUUACCUAAACCACGUUGGAAUUUUAGGAAGGUUAACUGGGUUGAUUAUGGAAACGAAUUAGACCAUAUAAUCUCUUGGAUCCCGCCUAAAGCUAGCUCUUACGAUCGAUUUGUGGGAGCUAUCAAAUCGGUAGCGAGUAAACACAUCCCUAGGGGCUUUAGGAAACAUUUCAUAUCUGGCUGGGAUGAAGACUGUACAAAAUUAUUUGAAGACUUUUAGAAAAAUAAUAACAGCACAAUAGCAGAUGAUCUCAUUGGUAGACUAAAUGCUAUAAGGAAACAGAGAUGGAGUGAAACUACUGCGGAAUUAGACUUUACUCACUCGAGUCAUAAAGCGUGGGGCUUGAUGAAGAGACUAGGAGACCACAGCCAUAGCAAGAAGAAACAAGAAAUUCUGAGUGCAAAUAAGGUGGAAUCGAGAAUUAUAGAGAUGGGCAAAACGCAAUCAUGCAAGGUUCACAGUAGGACCAUAAAAGCAGAGCUCAGACGUCAAAAGAAAAAAACUACAACAACGUACAAUGUUUGUUGCACCCUUCACGCUCGAUGAGGUUAAUAAAGCCUUAAGUAAAACCAAAUUAAAUAAGGCAGCUGGACUUGAUGGGAUAUACCCCGAAUUCAUUAAACACGCUGAUCCCAGAGUACGGGAGUGGCUAGCUAGAUUCUAUAGUAACAUACUAGACACAACAAACAUUCCAAAACAGUUCAAAAGGGCUAAAGUUAUCGCACUUCUAAAACCGGGAAAAUCUGAAACCGAGGCUGCAGACUACCGCCCAAUCUCGUUGCUAAACAUCCCAUACAAGAUCUUGGAGGCUCAUCCUGGAGAGAAUACAGCCUCAUAUUGA